GAUGGAUCCGUUGAUUAUUGAGGAGGCCGGGAGAGGUUGAACGAAGCGGCUUCAAAUCGUCGUCACACUCGUGACUCUUGACUUUCAGCAAUCCCGCCAGCGGCUCGUCGCCUCCAUCCGUGUCAUCACUGUUCCUGCAGCAAUCGUCAAUCUGCGCUCAUCGCAAACCCCCGUGUUCUCCACAGCGUCUGGCGUUUCCAUCACCCGCACCCGCAAGUCACAUGGCCCUUUGACACUUCGCAUUGACCCCGCCAUCUUCCUGUCACAAUGCCCAGCAUGGCAUCUUCGUCCUCUCCCUCGGACGUGCAUGCCAGCGCGACCUCUCAGCGCUUCAAGGGCGCCUUUCGUAGCAUCACAUCACCCAUCCUAUCUUGCGCCUGCUUGCCAUCCUCCGCACGGCAUCGCCUCGGGUUCACCGACGAUCUCUCGGACGAAGAGGAGCAGCGAGGUCUGCUGGACCGUCGCAGCCAAGGCUCCUCUGCGCGCUCACAAGGAACAUAUGGCUCAACAGCGCAGCAGCAAAACUCUUCAGCAGACAAUUUCGACGAUAGCGAUGCCAUUUCGCUCUUGUCCAACAUCAACGAUAGAUCGGGCAGAGGAGCUAGGAGGAAGAGACGGCAACCUCGGUUGAGGAGCUUGGUGGACUGGACGGAUGGUACUGCUCAACAGCUGCUGGCGUGUGGCCUGUUCGGUCGGACAAAGGGUCAGAUCGAAGAGCGCCAGAGGCUCAGGAGCGAUGAAGCAGCAGCAGGAGCAGCAGCAACGAACAGAGACGGCUCGGCGCACCAUCGACGCACGAGCAGCUCGGGCAGCACAGAAUCGCUCGGUUCGUUGGGUGACGAAGCGGACGAGGAUGCUGGCAUGCUGCAAGAUGCCGCCAUCCGCGAUAUCAUCCCACUCACACCUGAGCAACGAGAAGAAAUGCGAAUAGCUGCAGAAGAACAAAUGCGAGCUGAAGAAGCUGAGAUUCAGAGGCGAGAAGCUGCAGAAUUUGCGGCAGAGGCUGAAGCCGAGAGCAAGCGCAAGCGAGAGGAGGAGGAGGAGCAUGAGAGGAUGCGAGUCGAGCAGAGGAAGAAGGAAGAGGAGGAGAGGCAAAAGCGAAAGCGGGAAGAGGAAGAGGCUGCUGCUGCCGCUGAAAUCAAGAGAAAGGCUGACGAGGAAGAACGACAAACGCAGGAGCGCGAGAAGGAAGCUGCUCGGCUCGAGAAGCAAAGGCUGGAAGCAGAGGAAGCAGAAGCGAAGCGUAAAGGGGAAGAGGAGGACGAAAGGAAGCGACGUGCUGCUGCUGCUGCUGCGCGCGCUGAAGAGGAAGAGCGAGCUCGUGUCAGAGAGGAGGCGGAGAGAGCAAGGAAGGAGGGGGAGGAAAGAGAGGAGGCCGAGCGUGUCGCCAUGGCCGAGGCUCAAGCUGCAGCGAAAGCCGCGGCCCUCGCAGAGCAAGAAGCCGAGGCGAGGCGUUUAGAGCUCAAAGCGGAAGCCGAAAGAAAGGAACGUGAAGCAGCUGAGAAGGCCGCUUCAGAGGCAGAGGAAGCGUCUCGCAAAGCUGCUGAAGCAGAAGCGGCAAAGCUACGAGCGCAAGAAGAGGACGAGGCACGUAAAGCGGAGGAAGCGAGAGCUGCGAAAGAGAAGCGUAGAGCCGAGAGGAGGGCGCACAAAGCUGCAUUGGCUGCUAUCACUGGCGGCGGCGCGAAGAGGUACAGAACUGAAGCAGAAGCAGAAGCUGCUGCUGGAGGCUUCGAGCUCGGCGGUGAGCAUGAGGAUGAAGGCGUGGGCUACGACGAUGACGGACUGGAUUCGGCUGCCACGAGCGAAGGUCCUUGGGGCCUUGCUAGUGGGCCGGAAGGCUAUGGUUACGGUCCGGAUCGCCAGCGACACUACGCCGAGAACGAGUGGCAAUCGCAAAAUCAGGACGAUCAGCAGUACUCCGCAGGCCCUCAAGAGGUUGUGCAUCAUCAUCACUACUACCACGAUCCGCACGCUCAGUCGCACCAAGAGUAUCAAGAGGACUCACAUGAUUACAUCUCAUCCACUCAUGCUCCAUCGCGCGACUAUGCCGACUCUCCCUACUCACCUAUGCAUGCGUCGGGGGGUGUGCCAGCGCUAGACACGUCGGAAGCCGACACUACUGCACGAGCUGAGGAAGAGCCUGUCCAAGAAGAAGAGGAGGAGGAUGCGGAUAUAGCGGGUCUUGGAUUUUCCAAGAAGCGCAGACCUCGUGGGGCGAGCACGAGAAGCGGUUCCGGGCAUGGUUCGGGCUCCAGAGACGGCGGAAGUGUUGGUAGCGAAUCAAGAGGGUCUCAAAGUCUAAGUCGGACAAGCGGCUCAGCGCGGGGCGGUGUUGGUGUGGCAAGUCGAGGUGCUGGCAAGUACCUUGCAAGUCCUUCUUUCUCUUUCGGAACUGCGACGCAUGGACAGCCUGAUCGACUGGAGCCACAGAGAAGAGGUUCUGAAGCUGGGUCAGCAGAGGGCAAUAGUGCCGCGAGCUCCGGAGCCAACAGAGCGACGUACAGGGACAGACCCAGACGGCACGAGAGGCAAAAUAGUCGAAGCACUGCAUCGAGCGGUGGAAGAGCCCGGGAAGGUCCCUUGAAACCGGCAGGGCUCUCACCUACGCCAGGCACAAUGCUUAGUCCCACUUUGGGAGGGGUGCAGGAGCACGAACAGGACUCGAUAGUGCAUGGAGAAGACGCGGCCGACGCUGCUGCAGGAGGCUUUGAUGAUUUCUUCCCUUCCCCCGGCGCAGCCUCUCUCGCUCCCCGUACCCCGGCCGAUCCCUCAGCAGGGAAUGGCUUUUCCCCAAAGCUCGAAGCUCCUUCUUACAGGGACAGACGAGGCAAGGCUCGAACAGCGACCGGAGAGAGCGCUUCGUCAUCUGGUGGAUCGGCUCGUCGCGAGCGACCCGGCCGUGCGCCCACAGCUUCCCAGUCGGCCCACGAAGACGUGCCAGACGAAUUUUGAGACGCUGUCAGCUCCUUUCAUCUCGACGGCAAAUCCUACCCAUCUUUCACGAAUAGUAUCACGGCUUCAAAGCAAAAAAGGCAUUGCAAUAUAUUGACAUUUACGAG